ACUUCAUUUUAAUGUUAAAAGGUAAUAAAUAAGAGAAAGACAUAGGUCUAAGUAGGUUUAUGCGACAGAAUAAGAACAUGGAAUAGUCUGUUUUCUAACUUCUUGGAUUCGUAUAAUUAAGAUAAUAUCUUUGUAGAGGAUAUGCGUUGUGAUCAUUGUUAAAUAUAGUUCGGUUUGCAGUUUUGUCGUAGUGUACUUUCCGAACAAGAGAAAUUGGAGUUUGACGGUUUGGGCUAAGGCUUAAUAUAAGCUUGUGAUAAAUCAUUGCAGGGAAAGAAAUUAGUAUUCAGUAGACCGCAUUAACAAAGGAUGUGGAAAACUAUUCUUUGAUAAAUAGAAGAUUAUAUUUGUUUCUGCUUGAUAAGAAACAAAUUGAAUAAAUUGUAGGUCCAAUUCAAAUUAUGAAUAUUUAAAUGAAGAACUACAUAAUAAACAUGAAAAAAGUGUAUAAUUACAUUGUAUUGUACAUAAUUUUUCUGUGUGUUAUUCCACCGAGGAUGCAUUGCCUGAACUAUUUGGAGAGAAGGGUAAUAGAGUUUGACAAAGGAGAAUUUGAAGACAUGAGUUAUAGAGAUAUAUUACAGAAUUUGGGAUACGAGUUUUUGUUCAAGAUAUUUGACGAUUUCUAUGUGUUUGCCACAAACAAGUCUUGGAGCACAGAUGAAAAUGAAAACGUUAAGCAUAUUAUGGACGGUAAGGUGAAAACUAUUUAUCAGGAUUCAAACAUAUAUUCUGCUGCUGGAAUCGAUGUUGGUGCUACUGCUGCUGAAGAAAAUGACAGCCCAGAUACACGCCAACCAACAUUUUGCCAGUGUCCUCCCUACUUUGAUGAGGCGCAAGAGAUAGAUCGAUCAUGGGCACAAGGCUAUACCGGACGAAAUGUCGUAAUUGCUGUAACAGACGUUGGUGUGGACGUAGAUAGUCCUAAUCUCCGUGAAAAUAUUGCAUCCCAUUUGUCUUUUAACUUUGUUGAUAAUAACUCGGACCCGAGACCCGAAAUAUUUCCUGAUUAUCAGGAAAGUUUACGGCUGACAAACCAUGGGAAUGCCUGUUCUGGUAUAAUUGCUGGAAUGAAAGAAAGCGACGAUUGCAGUUUAUGCGGUGCUGGGGUGGCAUUUAAAGCAACAUUGGCAGCGUUGAAAAUAGGUCGAGUCAAGAAGUUUUAUUUUGCCAACAACCCGGAGAUAACAAGUGUACUGUAUUCUGCAGCACUAAGUUUCAAAAACCAAGAAGUUCACAUAUACUCAAACAGUUGGACCUUCGAUGAACCUUUUAAAACUUUGCAUUCAUUUACCGAACGUAUGUUUGCAGAUGGGUUUGAAAAGGGUCGACAAGCUCUUGGUUCUAUCUUCGUUUUUCCUUCUGGCCCCCCUGGAAACGGACUUACAAACAAUAUUUACACUAUUGGUGUCGCUUGUUUUGGAAUCAAUGGAACCAUGCCUCGGAAAAGCUUUGUUAAUUCGGCUACCCUUGUGUCAGCAUUUGGACAGGGAAGAAGACGAACUGACAAUGGAAUGCUGACAGUGACCCACACUUAUCGUCGACAAACAUCUAGAUUGUGUGACAACAAAUUUGGAGGAUCCUCUGCAGCAACUGCUAUUUUGUCUGGAAUGAUUGCAUUGGCUUUACAGGCGAAUCCUUCACUUUCUUCUCGUGACAUAAAGCAUUUACUCGUGGAGUCAGCAGGCAACAUCGGACUAGCGGCGACAUCUAAUUUUACAAAGAAUUGUGCGGGAAAAUAUUUUCAUAAGGUGUAUGGAUUCGGUUAUGUACAAGUGCUGAAAAUGGUUCAUCUUGCAAAAAAAUGGAAGUUUAAUCAUCAACUUUUGAAUUUGACCUCUGUUUGGUUUGGUUUCCAGCAGACCCCAGCUGAUACAGGUUUUGAGUUAGUUUCAUCAUCCAAUCGCACUUGCAAACAAUCACCAUACUGCAUCGACAAAAUAGAACAUGUAAUUGUGAACUUAAACUUUGUAUAUCCAAAACACACUCAGACCAUUUUGUCAGUUAUUUCACCUUGUGGCACCGAAUCCAUUCUCAUGGAACAGGAAGGUGAGCCACCUAAAGAUGAAAACGAUGUAGGCAAAAAUGAAGGGGUUUCCGUAGAUGCACAAUUUCUUUCCAAUCAUUUUUGGGGAGAGGAAAUGGAGGGACUCUGGACAGUGAAAAUCAAAGGGCUUGGAAUUUAUUCAUAUGAAUUGUGUCGUAUUGAACGGAUAAAAAUGAUAUUUCAUGGAACAUCUAAAAAUGACAAUAUUUUAAUGGAAGACACAGUGCCGUUACCAUCAUCGACGUCGUCAAACGGGAAUACAGAAGAUGCUGGAGAAACCAAAUCUAAAACACCUAUUAUAUUAGGUGUUGUUUUUGGCGGUUUAUUGCUACUUGCUGUUAUUGCUAUUGCAUUUGUAUUGAAACGUAAGCGGUAUCAUUGCUAUUACGUUCCAGCAAAUGCUUACCCCGAUGAGCUAUAAUACUUUCGAAUUUGGGUUUAAAUAAUAAAACUUUAUGUUAUAAUUAAUAUAAAAAAUACCAGCACACUUCAGUUGGCAUUGUGCUAAAUGUGCAUUUACACAAAUAUCCCAUCUAAGGUUAAUGAUCGAACACAGAUACCCUCAUCUAUUUUCGGCUGAAAUGUUUUUAAUCAAUAUGAUUGUUUAUUGUUAAUUGUUAAACUAAUCAAUUCAGAUACGUUAAAAUUUCAUCGCAAAUGAAGUUAUGGUAGUUUGUGCUCUUUAUUUGGCAUGGCAGAUAAAGAUUAAAAAUACACAAAAUUGAGUUUCAUCAAAUAAUAAAUAUUUCUAAAUUAGAUUGAUGGUCUAGAACAUGAAACACUUUUAAAUACAUUAUUCAACAAUAAUUAUAUUUAAGCAUGACAUUGUGAACUUUUCUUGCAGUAAGGACAAUGAUUAAGAAUCAUUUUCAAAUGUUUACUAACUUCCAUAAUAUAAACCUCUACAUCAAAUAGGCCAUUUGUGUUAGUCUGUUUGGUCAAGUCAUAUAAUUGGUAUAUUAUUUUAAAGAAUUUAAAAAAGCAUGUAUCCAAUAAUUAAAAUUUAUAAUUGAAUAUCAAAAUACUUAUGAGAAAAUAAACUAAAUAGUGUAGUAUUUUAAGCUAUAUGGUAUUGAUUUUCCAAAUAUGAUCUGAAUAAUAAAACCAGCAUAUAUACAUCGCCACUCCUACAUGUAUAAUUGAAAUACUAACAAUUCAGUUUUUUAUCUCUAAUUUAAUAUAUUUUAUCUAUAAAUAUGUAUAUAAUUCAAUGCUUAUGUGCUGGACAGUAUAAGACUACAAGCUGCCACAAUAAAUUAAUUGUAUAUAUUUUAGUGGCUAGAUGUGGAUCUUAUAAAUGUUGGAUAUUGUGCUUCUUCUUGAUAUGUUUCACUUUUUCUUCCGACUUAACCAGUUUACUGUACUUCAAACGAAUUGCUAAGCGAUUGUUCAUCAAAUAUUUUCGUUUAUUUGUUCGCUGAUUUGCAAAUCACCCUAGUACUCACACUAGACGUAAGUCUACUAAACAUUUGUUUAUCGUCAACCAUCUUUAAAACCAUGUUAACCAAUAAACGUUUCUAUUUUUACUCUGCCGACCAAUUUUACAUCAAAAGAACUAUGGUUCCAUGAAUAAAGGCAAGCCGUUCAAAUCAGGUCCGAUGAAAACAAUUAACAAAAAUAGCCAUCAUUCGCCUUAAAUAUGUAAAACCCUCAUAAAACUUAUUACAUGUAUCUAAGUAAAGAUCUUUCAAAUGACUUAGACGAUGUUUAGUAGUUCGUUUUCAUAAUAAGUAAAUGCCCGAGCUAUCAUAACUUGUGAAAACGUUACUAUCUGAUGCACAUGCUUCUAUCACGACCAUGAAAUCAACCUUGAACCUGCCGAGCACACAUCUUCUUUUCUUACACAUGCCCGAUGCAGACCACUUAUGAUCGACUUCUAGAUUAAAACCAAAAAGUGCAUCGACUACAGUUAAUCUCGAUCUAAAACAUUGUGAGAUAUCACCUUUAACUGAAUCGACAAGUCAACCUUCUUCAGAACAGAAGCGCUCUCAAUUUGAAGAUUGACAGAGGGUCAUUAAAUAUUGCACUGAUCAAUUCGGUUAUUUUCAGUUUUCAUGAACUGUUGUAGAAAUAUUUACCUAAGGUAUCGAAAACAAAACAGUAUUUUAAUUCCUAUUUGGUCUUUUAAAAAGCUCUGAAUAUUAGGUUGUUAUUGACGUGCAUGAGGUUUAACUGAGUUUAGUAUUAUUCAGUGUUUUGAAUGUGGUAGUCAACGGAGGCAGGCGGAAGUGUGCAUACAUGACUGUAGUGCAUUUUGCAUUGUUGUGUAGUGGCAUUUCAUUUGAGACAAUAGAAAUGGUUGUUCAGAGAUACUGUGUUUUUCAAAUGGACUAGUUUGCAUUAGCGAAUAAUGCCAAAAUAUCAGUAGUUUACUUCAGAUUUUGGAACCCGUCGGUAACAGGCUAAUUUGCAUUAUUAUGAAUCAUAAUACGCGAAUUUAGGACUAGCUUUUCCGCAAACUUCAGUAUGUAUUGAGAGAUACGCAAACUCGAAGUUUGCUUUAGACGUUCCCUCAUGAAAGUCGAUACUUGUCCAGACGGGAAUUUGCUUGCUCUCUCUCUCUCUCUCUCUCUCUCUCUAUCUCUCUCUCUCUCUCUCUCUCUCUCUCUCUCUCUCUCUCUCCCUCCCUCUCCCCCCUCUCUCUCUCUCUCUCUCUCUCUCUCUCUCUCUCUCAGAGAGUAACUAUAAUAAUGUAAAAAACAGGAGAUGUAUUUUUGCAUUUUGUAUUCCCGGCAUUAUUGAAUAAUUUAAGGAAGAUAAUCUGAAGAUUAUUUUUUGAAUCUAUAUGUUUUUGUUUCCCUAGAUUUAAUCAACAUUUUUUUUCGAUGUUGUAUAAUAUCGUUCGAGAUGGAUUCAGUCGGACACUUGUUACUCAUUUUGAUGAUAUUAAGAAACUGUUUACAUACAUUGAGGUAUUGUAGAGAAACUUGUGCAGCUGGUUAAGUGAAUCUGUUUAAGAUGGACACGUGAAUGAGUCUUUGAGAGAAAGUUUAUAUCUGUCUUUGUCAUCAGGUUUGUAAACAAAAGUCUACAGUGUCAAUAUCAGUGAGCAAGAAGUAUGAUUAGUUUAAUUUCUUUCACCAUUAUAAUAAGGAAUGGAUUAAAACAUUAAUUAAAUUUCCCCAAAGUUCUUUCAAAAGAAUUGAAUUUUGAAAUGUAAUUGUUUUUCUUGUUCUCUGUAACAGGUAUGAAUAUAGUAUGGUAAUCAGGGGUAUUUAAUUUUCUACGUUGGAGUAAAACUGAUUAAAAAACUGUUUAGCAACAGUCAAUUGGUCAUGUGACCGUGAAAAGGGACUUUUUUACUUUUCUGAAAUGUCAGAGGAAAAGCACAAAUAAUUCUUCAGUAUCUAACAAAUGUCCGCCAACAACCGACCCCAACAAUCAAGCCCCCUUGCAAAACAUUAAUUGGAUUUAACAGACCGUCAGUUGAAAAACAAAGCGAUGUUUAACGACAUACUUAGAAAUAAGUCAUUUUAAUCAACAUAAUAUGGUUCUCGCAGCGAGACCGCAGGGCGAGCUAUUUUCUCCAUUAUCUGUAGAUAGCAAAAAUUGAACGCUAUUGUUUUUGUGUUGUAAUGUCACGUGUUAUUUGGGCGUGAAAGUGUUUCCGCUCAGUCGAUCGCAUCGUUAGAUUAGUAUUUGGCGAUCACUCUCAAUGAGAUCAUUUAAAAGUAAAAGCCCUUCAAAUUAUGAAUGUUAUAUUAUUCAAAUGCAAAGAGAACGACCUUAAUCAAUUGUUUUGAGCUUUUGUUAUACCAGUUUUGAAUAAUGCCUGUGAAAUCAUGGGAAAUUCCUAAUAUAAAUAAAUAUAUCUCAAGUUAUGCUAUAUUGGUAAAGGUACAACCCAAAACAUACAAUGCAUGUGUUUAUUGUGUAUUAAGAAUAUAGCCUCUGUAUGUAAAUAAAUGUAUACGAAUUGUGAAUCACUGGUUUAAAUACGUACAUACGUAGAUAUGCCAGAAACCGAAUACCUAGAGAGGAACGUUAUUGUUUAACUUGCAAUACUAAUGCUAUUGAAGAUGAAUUUCAUUUUAUAUGCAUAUGUCCAUGUUAUUCCGAUGUUAGAAAGAAGUAUCUUAAACGUUGUUACUACAUGCACCCUUCUGUAUACAAAUGUCUACGAUUAUUGAAAUCAAAUGAUAAAAAUGAAUUAAUUAAACUAGCUUUGUAUAUUAAAGAAGCUCUUGUUAUUCGAAAUAAUUUGUUGAAUGUUGAAAGAUAAAUGUUUAGUUCAGCCUCCUAUUUUUUUGUUACACAUAGUAUGUUGCCUUUGUUACACAUAGUAUGUUGUGUUAUAUAAAAGAACGUAUUUACCAUUACAUGUUGUAUAUACACGUUGACAUGUUAUAUGAAAAUAUAUAUGUGUAUAUAGAUGAUGUACAUUGUACAAGUCUUAAU